AUGUCAAACCUAAAACGCAUAUCCAUCCUCCCCAACCCGUCCUGCGAACGCGCCGGCCUAAAAUCCUACGCCUCCCUCCUCCGCAAAUACGACUUCGCGCCCACCACCGAAGGGCCCUUCCAAGUCCUCGACGUCGCCACGAAAUCCGUGAAGAACCUGUUCAAGCCCGCGGCCAAGAAAGAAACCAAACCGGUUCUAAGGAAAAUUGAAGAGGAGGGUAAGCCGGGGGAGGUCAAAGCGGAAGAUCAGCAGAAUGAUGCGUUGUAUAUUUGUCCUGUGGAGAUCGGAACGCCGCCGCAGCUGUGGUCUACCCUGCUGGAUCCCGCGACGAAGAAGGCAGCGGUGAAUGGGAAGACGAAACAUAACGUUUUCGACGCAAAGGCUAGUGAGACGUUCAAGAAGGUUGAGGGUGCGAGUUGGAGGAUUAGAUAUGGGGAUGGCUCCACGGCCUCGGGCAUCGUCGGCACAGACAACGUGACCCUCGGCGGCCUAUGCAUCGAGAACCAAGCGAUUGAACUCGCCAACAAACUCAGUCCGCAGUUUACUUCCGGCGCAGGAGACGGGCUGUUAGGUCUAGGAUUCGGACAUAUCAAUACUGUCAAGCCGAAGAAAGUGGCUACGCCUGUUGAAUCGAUGAUCUCCCAAUCCGACAUCCCCUCCUCCAGCGAACUCUUCACCUGCUACCUCGGCUCCUGGCGCGACACCACCGACGCCGAUCACGGAGAAUCCUUCUACACAUUCGGCUACAUCGACGACACCGUCCUCCGCCGCUGCGGCGUCUCAGAACCUCACUACGUCCCCAUCGACUCCUCACGCGGGUUCUAG